GGGAGUUUAUACUCAUAGGACAUUUUCAGGUAGGUAAACAGGAAAGUGGCCUUAGGGAAAUGAACAUUGUUCAGCAUUUCCUGAGCUUACAACAAGUUAUUCUCCUUCUCACAUUAAGCUGUGUACUACCAAGGGGCAUCAUCCUUUUAAAGACUUUUGGGCUCUAAUCUGAUUAAAUUCAUUUAAAGCUGCCAAGAUUUAAAGUAUUCCCAAAUGGAAAACAAGCUGGAUGUCUUCAGGAGGGAAUUAGUGAAUGUUCAAGGUAUCCCUCUCUUUUGGAGCAUUGCUGAGCAGUGGUCCCAAGUAGAGUCAUUUGAAGCCCGGCCUGAUGACCUUUUGAUCUCCACCUAUCCCAAAUCUGGAACAACUUGGAUCAGUGAAAUAUUAGAUCUGAUCUAUAACAAUGGGGAUGCAGAGAAAUGUAAACGGGAUGCAAUCUACAGACGAGUACCAUUCAUGGAGCUUAUAAUUCCUGGAAUAACAAAUGGUGUUGAAAUGCUGAAAAACAUGCAGUCUCCUCGACUAGUGAAAACACAUCUUCCUGUUCAGUUGCUUCCUUCUUCAUUCUGGAAAAAUGACUGCAAGAUGAUCUAUGUGGCACGGAAUGCCAAAGAUGUGGCUGUUUCUUACUAUUAUUUCCACCAAAUGGCAAAAAUGCACCCAGAACCUGGCACCUGGGAAGAGUUCCUUGAGAAAUUCAUGGCUGGGCAAGUGAGUUUUGGUCCCUGGUAUGAUCAUGUGAAGGGCUGGUGGGAGAAAAGAAAAGAAUAUCGAAUCCUUUACCUGUUUUAUGAAGAUAUGAAAGAAGAUCCAAAGUGUGAAAUUAAAAAAUUAUUAAAGUUUCUAGAAAAAGGCAUACCAGAAGAAACUGUAAAUAAAAUCCUGUACCAUAGCUCUUUCAAUGUAAUGAAGGAGAAUCCAAGUGCUAAUUACACCACUAUGAUGAAGGAAGAAAUGGACCACUCUGUGUCUCCUUUCAUGAGAAAGGGCAUUUCAGGUGAUUGGAAGAAUCAGUUCACUGUAGCCCAGUAUGAGAAAUUUGAAGAAGAUUAUGUCAAGAAAAUGGAAGAAUCAACACUGAAGUUUAGAUCAGAGAUCUAGGCAGUGUUUGUGUCUCCUCCGUCUUCUUUGGCAGGCACUAACAUUAGAGAAAAAGAACAUUCAUGAGUCAGUCAAAGAAAGUGUUUAUAUAUUAUUUUUCUGUAUUUACUAAAACCCAUAGUCUUCAAAUGUACAAAUAACAGGUAAUAAUUCUCUCCUAACUAUCUUUAUUACAGAACGUUUCGUAUAGUAGUUUCCUUUUUACUUCCUGUUAUCAAAAUAAUACAAUUUUAAGAGAAUUUAUAAUAUAGUAUUUUUUAGUUUGAGUUACUAAUAGCUUCCUGUCUGUAAAUGUUCUAGGUUACCCCCUAGACAAAGACUGCAUUUCAUUAACUGUAAUUCA